AAUUUAGUAAAAGGCUAGACCAUUUAAAAAUUAUUUGGGCGGAACUGAGUUAAAAAUGCAGGCGUGAGCCAACUUUAUAUUAGCUAAUCAAUCAAAAAGUAAAGUUCAUACUACAAUGUUCUGCAACUCCGACACAAUAAAAAAAUUUGAUUCAAUAUGAAUUCAAUAAUAUCUUCCAAAUUCAAUUGGAACCGAGAUAAUUAAGAGAAGUUAACUCUUCUGGUUUCAUUUAGCUUUGCAUGUAAUGGUUUCACUUGCUCGGAAGCUGAUCGCAUCAAGGAACCCUAUUCCAACAUCCAGAAGCUACGAGUUCGGAAAUCCAGAAGUCUUCGUCCCAUUUUCCCGGCUUCAAGAGACAAAACUCUUAGAAUCUCAUCUAGUUUCACUUCUUGACAACUGUAGCAGCCUAAAUCAGAUCAAACAAGUACAUGCUCACGUUAUCCGCAGAGGUCUCGACCAAUGCUGCUAUGUUCUCGCAAAGCUAAUCCGUUUGCUCACAAAAAUAAAUGUCCCAAUGGACCCAUAUCCCCGUCUUGUGUUUCACCAAGUGGAAUACCGCAACCCUUUUCUAUGGACCGCGUUAAUUCGGGGUUAUUCAAUUCAAGGACCACUGAAAGAGGCGGUGAGUUUGUAUAAUGCUAUGAGAAGGGAAAGUAUAUCGCCUGUUUCUUUUACUUUCACGGCUUUGCUCAAGGGUUCUAGCGAUGAGCUUGAGUUGAAUUUAGGUAGGCAGAUUCAUUGUCAGAGCAUAAAGCUUGGUGGAUUCUGUGAAGAUUUGUUUGUUCAUAAUAUUUUGAUUGAUAUGUAUGUUAAAUGUGGCUGGUUGGAUUAUGGUCGAAAGGUGUUCGAUGAAAUGUCUGAGAGGGAUGUGAUUUCGUGGACUUCGUUAAUUGUUGCGUAUUCGAAGGCUGGAGAUAUGGCGGCAGCUGCUGAGAUGUUUGAGAGAUUGCCUGUGAAAGAUUUGGUUGCAUGGACGGCUAUGGUGUCAGGUUUUGCCCAGAAUGCUAAACCAAGGGAGGCAUUGGAGUUCUUCCAUAGAAUGCAGUCUGAAGGUGUUGAGACUGAUGAGUUGACAUUAGUUGGGGUUAUUUCAGCUUGUGCACAGUUAGGGGCUGCUAAGUAUGCAAAUUGGGUUCGUGAUAUGGCAGAGGGAUAUGGUUUUGGACCUGCCAAUCAUGUUAUGGUAGGGUCUGCAUUGAUUGAUAUGUACUCCAAGUGUGGGAAUGUGGAGGAAGCAUACAAGGUUUUCGAGAAGAUGAAGGAAAAGAAUGUGUUCUCAUAUAGUUCGAUGAUUAUGGGUUUUGCAAUGCAUGGAUGUGCGAAUGCUGCGCUAGAUUUAUUUGAAGAAAUGGUGAAAACUGAGGUAAAGCCUAAUAAGGUGACAUUCAUUGGUGUUCUUAUGGCUUGUACUCAUGCAGGUUUGGUAGAGCGGGGUCGAAACCUGUUUGAUACAAUGGAGAAACAUUAUAGUGUUGAACCAUCAGUAGAACACUAUGCUUGCAUGAUUGAUCUCCUUGGCAGGGCUGGGCAACUAGAAGAGGCUCGUGAGCUUAUCAAAGCUAUGCCAAUGGAGCCUAAUAGUGGUGUCUGGGGUGCCCUGCUGGGAGCUUGUCGGAUUCAUGGUAAUCCUGAUAUUGCAGAAGUUGCUGCUAACCAUUUAUUUGAGCUUGAACCUGAUAGCAUUGGUAACUAUGUCUUGCUUGCCAAUACAUAUGCUUCAGCAGGAAGGUGGGAAGAUGUUUUAGGGGUAAGGAAAUCAAUAAAACAAAAAUUGCUGAGAAAGGACCCUUCACGCAGCUGGAUUGAAGGCAAAGAGGGGGUGAUUCAUGAAUUCUAUGCUGGUGAUAUGACCCACCCAAAUUCUAAAGAGAUUAAGGAAGCACUUGAGGAUCUUAUUGGUCGGCUUAAGUCACAUGGAUACGAGCCAAAUUUAAGCUCUGUACCUUAUGAUCUGAAUGAAGAACAUAAAAGGAGAAUACUUCUCACACAUAGUGAGAAGCUGGCUUUGGCAUAUGGGCUGCUCAUCACUGAUUCUGCUGGGUCUACCAUCAAGAUCAUGAAAAAUCUAAGAAUCUGUGAAGAUUGCCACUCCUUCAUGGGCGGUGCAUCUCAAAUCACUGGCAGGGAGAUCAUUGUCAGGGAUAACAAGAGAUUUCACCAUUUCCGUAAUGGUGUAUGCUCUUGUGGUAACUUCUGGUAAUUGAUAGAUGAACCGUUAAGAUCUCUUAAAUCCCAGUGUAUGUUAGUUUGAAGAAUCCUUUUCAUUUGGAAAUGUACAUUGCUCGGUAACAGUGCCACAAUACACAAUUGUGAGGAAUUGGACUUCUUAGUCGACCGAAGCCUGAAGGAUAUGAUUAAUUCAUUCAGGGGAAAAUCUGAGUUCCAGAAUUGUGUAAAUUCCAGGUGCCAAGUUAUAUAACAGGUCCAUUCUCCGCCACUUACAGGGUGAGGGAAGUGCAACGCAAAGUUCAAGGCAUCUUUGGGUUCUAAACAUGGGGCAAGACCUGGAACAUUAUUACUGGCAUUUUGCUUGCUAAAACUUGUUUGACAAAGUUCAGCGGGAAGCUUGUUGCAGCAAAAGACUGAAAAAGGCAAUUCCAAAGUAGCACCUCUGUGGUUUUAGAAGAUUCGACGCCGGUAGCUAUUAGACUGAAGUUCUUAUUUCAAAAUUAUAUAUCUGAAGAUGUGAUAUGUCCGGUCAAUUUUUCAUGAUACUCUGUCCAACUCCCCAGCCCAUUCGUUACAGGAGGCAGGGGCGUUCCGAUGUGGUUAAUGAACUAGAAUUUUUUGAAGCAAUUUCAUACUUCCACAAGGCCGAGCAUAGAGCUGGUAUAUAACUUCCAUCUUUAGCAAGUCCAAUUUUCACUCUUGUAAAAUCUUUUAACUUACCAGAAGUUGAAUUUUAUUUUAAGAAGGGCGUCGUUAUAACUAUACGAAGUUCUGGUUUCAAUCCCAAUUAAUUGCAUACGGAUUUUAAUAAAUAGAGAGAUGAUCAUUAUUUACCAAGCUAGUCACCUCACCUCUCCUUCUUACCCGCCUUGCUAGUAAUUGGCAAACCUUCCUUUUCUCGCCUUUCUUCCAGCUUUCAACAGAUGGAGAGUUCCCAUUACGGUAUCUAUCCUGUCAUUGUUAAAAACUGUUAGACCCGCAAACUACUUGAUCUAACUACAUGCAGAUAUGUCAAGGACUUGGGCAUUGAUCUUGACAUGGAUGAUGACAAAAUAGUGCAACACAAGUUCAAGAUGCUUGGGUGUUGGCAAGGCAGCUUGAACAUGCAAGACUUACGUGCGGGCUAAGGGCAUUGGCAAGGCAGCGUGUUAGCUUGACAAGACAAGGCUGUGAAGACUUGACAACAGCAAGAACAAAGACAGUUCACUCGACUUGCUGAAAUAAAACUAAGUGUUGGAGGACAACUAAAAUAUUUAAAGUGUUGGAAGCUAGCUGAAAUAUUCUAAGUAUUGAAAUGUAGCCUGAAAUAUUCUAAGUGUAAGAAUAUUAGUAUUUCGUGCAAGAUAAGACUGUAAUUUGAAUUAGAUUCUAUUUGUUAGAAAUAUAGCCGUUGAAAAAUUUGAACCUGUGACAAAUGUUGAACAGGUAUCACUUGUAACUGCCGCAUGUAACUGUCAUGUGCAGAAUUUUUAUUAAGAGUGAAAAUUCGUCUAAAGCUUAGACAGAGUGUUUCUA